AAUGUGGUCAUAUGACUGACUGACUGCACUAGCCUCAGCACUAUUUCCGUAUUCUUCACGUUCAGGGAGUAGUCCAGAGGAACUUAAAUCAUGCUUUUUAGCCGUCUGUGUAAAUCGAGCGAAUUACUUCUAAAUAAGAAACGCAUUUUGUUGUUCUUUUUCACAGCUGUCAAUGCUGUUUCAGUUACUGCAGUCUGGCCAAUGCCCCAGAAGAUAAGCAGUUCAAUUGAGCGAUACUGUGUCAGGCCACAGUCUUUCAUAUUUCAGUAUACAAAUGUUUCGAUAGCACAACCAGGUUGUUCAAUUCUCGACGCUGCUUUUGUGAGAUACUUCAAGCUCAUCUUCCCCGACCUCCUCAGAGAUCCAGGUGAAAGACAAAUCUAUUAUGCCAGGCCCAUGGCAAAGCCCUUUACAGUCUGGGUGGGAGUAUCUGAGGGUGACUGCAACGGCUAUCCCAGCGAAAGCUCCAAAGAGAGCUAUAGGCUGAGUGUGUCAUCUGGACAGGCACUUCUGAGGGCAGAGAGUGUAUGGGGAGCACUGAGAGGUUUGGAAUCUCUCAGUCAGUUAGUGUACCAGGAUGGUUAUGGGGCUUAUUACAUCAACCAAACUGAAAUUGAGGACUUUCCAAGGUUUCCAUUUCGAGGACUUUUAUUGGACACCUCUCGACACUACCUACCCAUAAAUGCCAUCUUGGAGACUCUGGAUGCCAUGGCUUACACCAAGCUCAAUGUGUUUCACUGGCACAUUGUGGAUGACCCAUCCUUCCCAUAUCAAAGCAAAUCCUAUCCUGAUCUGAGUAACAAGGGGGCAUUCCACCCGAUGACCCACGUAUACACGCAGACGGACGUGAAGCGAGUGAUCGAGCAUGCCAGGCUACGGGGAAUCCGCGUGGUGCCCGAGUUUGACUCCCCUGGGCACACUCAGUCCUGGGGGAAAGGAAAGCCUGACCUCUUGACCCCUUGUUACCGUGGCGAUGUCCCCUCAGGGACUUUUGGGCCUGUGAACCCCAUUCUGGCCUCCAGUUACUCAUUCAUGGCCAAGCUGCUUAAGGAAGUGACAUCAGUCUUUCCUGACUCCUUCCUGCAUCUAGGAGGGGAUGAAGUUAAUUUCAGCUGCUGGAGGUCUAACCCAGACGUGAGGGCCUUCAUGAAGAAGAUGGGAUUUGGCACGGACUUCACCAAACUGGAGGCACUCUAUGUAGAAAACAUGGUAAGCAUCACCUCCGCACUCAACAGGACCUCCAUUGUGUGGCAGGAUGUGUUUGACUACCACGAGAAACACAGCCGUAACUAUGUGGUGGAGGUGUGGAAGAUGGAGGGUUACCAGUGUAAGAUGGGUAAGGUGACCAAGGCUGGCCUGAAGGCUAUCCUCGCAGCGCCCUGGUACUUGGACCUUCCUGGACCUACCCACGAAUGGGCCCGCUACUACAAUGUCCGGCCCCUUGCCUUCAGGGAUCCCUACGGACACGGUUCUGGAGAUCUGGAAGGGCCUUCCCCCGGCUUACGCGCAGGAGCUGAGCCGCAUCACAGGGGCCGGCCACAGGGUCCUGCUGUCCGCCCCCUUUUACAUCAACCACAUCCGCUACGGGCAGGACUGGCGCGACUCUUACCUCGUGAAACCACUGAACUUCUCUGGUGUGUGGAGCGAGGUACGGAGGAGCAGAAGCGGCUGGUGAUUGGUGGAGAGGUGUGCAUGUGGGGGGAAUAUGUGGAUGCCACCAACCUUAGUCCCCGUCUGUGGCCCAGAGGCUGUGCUGCUGCAGAGCGUCUGUGGAGUGACGAGGAGCAGACCUCUAGUGUGGACGCGGCGUUUCCUCGCUUGACAGACUUCCGCUGUCGCCUCCUGAGGCGUGGUAUUCGUGCAGAGCCCCUGUUUGUGGGCCACUGUCAGCAAGAGUACCAGGGCUUGUAAGAAGCUGCAUGAGAAGAUACUUUUGAUGCACUGGUGUACAAACCUAAAGGGGACUUUAAAGGGAUUUAACACGAGCUGUGAAAUGAAAUUAUUUUUUUUUGUUUAACUGUGGAUUGAAUAUUGAUUAUAAUAGUUGUUUAAUGGUUCUCUGCCAAUUUAACCCCAAUCAGUAAACUAUAUCAGCUGUUCCUUCAGAGAUCAGCGUUCUGGAAAACCUGGGCAUUCCUUAAGCUGACAAUGAACUACUAGACUACCUAUCAGAGCUCCCCAAAAUGGUUAACAAUGGCAUCUGAAAGGGCUGUUAUGUUCAGGAUGAUAAUGAUGCUCAAAUGGUAGCUUAUGAAUGAAAGUACUUUGAUUAGCUUUUUGGCUGCAGCUUUAGUACUUCAGAGAUGCGGGUUGGAGGACAGUUGGGUUGACUGCUCUUUGUUUUUAUUGGUGUAAGCAGUGACUUUUUUUAUUUUAUUUUUUAUUUUAAAAAAAAAAGCCUUUUAAUGCCUUUCUCCAAA